CGACAAUUACCAAGCUCGGGCCCGGCCGGGGGGCGGCUGCGGGGUUUGGGCCGUCUCUACCCCUUCCUUGCCGUGGCCGAGGACGGAGCGGGACGGAGAACGCCAGUAAGGUCAAAUUCGCAUCGUGGGGAAUAUAUAUUGCAAGCGGGGCCCGAAACCUUUCUGUGCUAUGUUCUCAAGCCUUGCAAAGCGCGCUUCUCCGGUCUUCGUUCGAUCAGCAUUGAGUAGUCGCCCGCCCCAGCUUCUUGUCCGUCGGAUCGCUUGCCCUGUCCACACCAUGUCUGCCACUCCGGUGUUUACCAAGAAUGCAGCUCCGCCUGCUGGCCCUUACUCCCAGGCCAUCAAGACCCCCAACGCUAUCUACUGCUCGGGCCAGAUCCCCUGCAAUGCGGAGGGCACCUUAAUUGAGGGCACUAUUCAGGAGAAGACGGCCGCUUGCAUAGGCAACCUGAAGGCCGUUCUGGAGGAGGCCGGCUCGUCCAUCGAGAAAGUGGUCAAGGUCAACAUCUUCUUGACGGACAUGGCCAACUUUGCCAGCAUGAACGAGGAGUACGCCAAGUGGUUCGUCCACAAGCCCGCCCGUAGCUGCGUCGCCGUGAAGCAGCUUCCCAAGGGUGUUGAUGUUGAGAUCGAGUGCAUCGCCCUUCCUUAGUUGCUAAGGGGGAGAGAUUAGAAGCUCGGGCGGCACAAUGUGCAUAGCCGACUUGAAAAACUGGCAAAACCUCAAAAAGUUUAUUCUUUGCCUCCUCAUACCCGUACGUCCCGAGUUCCCCUCCAACAAGCGGGAUCUCGGCUCCUUGCGAAUCUUUGUUGGGUUCGAUGGACGGUGGAAUGAUCAAGUGGUCAAGACGAACCGCGCCAUAGCAAGCACAAUAUCGCUCUGCUUGUAAAAAAAGGUCCACUCGAGAGAUAACCGCAUUUGGGAGAGUCAGGACCGAGAUCACCGAUUAUUACCACGAUUGCUAUCGUGCGAGGGGCAUUGCAAACCUUCAAUUCAUCCAAUGGAUGGUCCUAGCCUUGAGUCAUCUUGUAACAGUUGACUCUCUGAAGUGCAUCCAUACAUUCGCUGCGGUG